CACGGCCGGAGUAUACACCAUACCUGUAUGAUGGGGAUGGGUUUCGGGAUGGGCGGGUUCAUGUUUGGACAGCAGCUGGGUUCGUUCCCGCCGCACGUGCCGCCGCAGCAGAAGCCGCAACCGCAACCGCAGUCGCUGGAUCCCCGCACCAACCACGAGCCUGAUGCUACGACGGCAGAUGAUCAAGGAGGAGAAGACGGUGAAAUCGUGCUGCCGUCGAUGUGGCGAAGUGCGACCGACGACCGCGGCCGCACGUUCUACUAUCACGUCAAGCUGCGGCAGCCGCAGUGGAUACCCCCCACUCCGCCGGUGCCUGGCCAAUCCCCCGAGGAGAGUUCGUCAGAGGAAGAGCUAGAGCCGAUGAGUGCCAUCGAGGCAGCUGUUGUUCGCAGACAAGUCAAGGGAAAGAUGGUGGAAGGUGUUAAUGGAUUGUACGAAGUUAUAAAAGAAAGCAGCCACAACGGUUUGAUACCCGAGCACGCGCUGCUCACCAUGAAGCCGAGGAAACGAAGACCGGGUCUGGUCACCGAGAGGCCGAUCAGCCCGCGUACCGAGGAAGACAAGUUGGCGGGUCGGAUGGAGGUGAAACGGUACAAGCAGACGAAGGAGAAGCUGAGAAGGAGGCGCGAGAAGCUGCUGCAGAAGGUGCGAGUACUGGCGGCGGCCAAGCAGCGCCGCGGACGGCAGCUGACGCACAAGGACUUGAAGGAGCUGAAGUUCGUUGAGUUGGAAGACUCCGAGAGUGAUUCUGACGCGGAGUCCGACGAGCUCGAGAAGCAGGCGUCGCCGUCGCCGCCGCCCGCCGCCAGCGAAGCGGACGCGGAAGCGGAGGCGGACGCGGCGCGACGGAUCAAGGAGCAGUUCCGGAGCAGCAUGGCGCGGGUCAUGGUGCAGCAUCUCAACCCGUACAGGCACUCGGGGGCCAAGGCGGGCCGCAUCACCUGCACUGCUGACUUUAAACAUUUGGCGAGGAAGCUAACACACUUCGUGAUGCUGAAGGAACUGAAGCAUUGUCGCUCAGUUGAGGAACUGGUGGUAACCGACUCUGUCAGAUCUAAAGCUAAAAUGUUCGUGAAGAAAUACAUGGCUAAGUUUGGCAAAGUGUACAAGAGGCCGCCCGAAGAGGCCGACUAGCACAGGCUUAACAUGUCGAACUGGUUUAAAUCGGUUCGAUAAAGUGACUGAACUCAGUAAGUAAACUGAAGCAAUACUAAUUAUGACAUUAAAUGAAGUGAUGUGAUAGUAUUUAAAAUAAACAUAGUAACUAAUUGUGUUGUGAAGUAAAGAAAAAAAUUGUGUUAUUAAAAGUGCUCGGUAUGAAGUAGAACUAGCUAUGAGCAUUUUGGUUACAUAAUUAUUUUUUAAUAAUUUAUAUUUGAUGGGAUUCAAACUUACGCCGCUGUGGCGUUAGUAUAUCUCUUCAGGUAAAGAACAAAUAGACCAAGAGUUAUGGAAGAUAUCAGACGGUUAGCUUAGCGGUAACUCCUGGUAAAUUGCCAGGGUCGUUAUCCAGAAAUUAUGGCAUAUUUUCCUUAAACAAUAAAAAAUUUAAUGAAAGCACUUAAAAAUAACAACUUGUUAUGUUUUUAAAGUGAUAACCCACACUUCUAGGAUUAAUACACAAAUAAAAUUAAAAAAAAAAACCUGAACAAUGCGGGACUCCAACCCCACGACAACGACCUAAAUCUAAACAAUUGUUUAGAUUUACAAGAGAGACAUCUCAAGUCAAUUUUCUUAUAUGUAAAUAUUGGGGUUGAGUGUUAUGAGAGGUUAUCAACUGUAAAGUAGAUCCUGUAGAUGAAGCCACAACCUGAGAGUUGAUCAAGUCAUAUAAGAUUUUACGGUUAGCUCAGUUGGCAGAAUAAAAGCACGGAACGCCUGAGGUCGUUGGUUCGAGUCCCGCAUCAUUCAUAAGAUUUUCAAAUUUUAUUUGUGUAAAUUUGCUUAUGAAAUAUCCUUGUAAAUGCAACAAGAGAUAGAUAACAGAAUACAUCAGGUUUAUAUUAUGUAUAAUGUUGCUUGUUCACACGAUAAAUUUAUAUGAACUCUAUUUCACAUUGUGUGGGUUUGCUGACAGCUCUCUGACUAAUUCGACGCCUCAAUUCAAAAGUGUAACAAGCUAACGGCCGUUUCCAGUAUUCAGUCUAUCUCCGGUUGUGGCCUACUUGAGAUAAAAAUCGUAACGCGACUUUUCCGUCCCAAUAAUUUUAUCGAUGGUAACUCAAGGACCAAGGUACACGCUGUCUGUCAAUGGGAGGACGUAUAGCUUACCAGCGAUAAAAGUUUGUAUGGAAAUUGCAAUUCACGCAUCCCAAUAUAACGCGAUAAGAAUGACUCAUCGGGUAUAUUGGGACAGCUUCAGAUUACUGGCAGUGGAAGUUAGUAAUUUAUCUCUAUCUGUAGAUAGUAUAUUGGGAACGGCCGUUAGUCACGUUUAUACCGCAUUAUUCUAUUUUAAGUGUAUGACUCUUAAAAUUUUAUAGAUUGAUGUGAUUAUAAUUUAGUUGUGAAUACAUAAUAUUCUAUAAUAUUGUGGUAGGGAUAAAUAAAUUCUAGUAUUUACAAAAAUCAAACUUCGAUUUGUUUUAUUAUCUUCCAAAAGGCUUUUAUUUUGUUAUUAUGAUGUAAAACCAGUUUUGGAUGGACUUUGUAGUGUUGAUACGUACGAUAUUAUGUUCCUUAUUUGUAAAAUGAGAUUAUUGUAAGUUUCAAUCAUGUAUUUACAUAAAAUUUGUCCAUUUUGUUGUCAUUUAUGUUGACUAUAAAAAAUAUACUCUAAAAUCGGAUGUGUAAUAUGUAUCGAGUGAUAGUAAUUUUAUUACUGUCUUUUUCCUUGUGUAAAUUUUUCUAUUUGGAGAUUAGACUACUUGCAAUCACAUACCAACGUGUUUUUUGUUUUAGAAUUUAUUCGACGCUUUGUAAGGUCGGUAACGCUCCUGUGAUACCUCUGGUGUUACAAGACAUGCAUCGGUGAUUACAUACCUACCAUCAGGUGACCCGUUUGCCCUCCCCUUCUAUAAAAAAUAUACAUUUCAUGUACUAUUGAUUAAUUCGUGGUUUAUUGCUUAUUCAAAUUGUUAUAUCCGGACGACCGAGCCUUGCUGGGAUUUUAAAGAAGGUACAAAACUUGAACAAAAAAAAAACUAAUAGGACAUCUGGAUUCGAACCGGGAUCUUUUGCUAUCACCCAAUGUUCCAUCUCAGCUAUUAUAGUCUUGUAUAUAGUGGCGAAAUUAACCUUUGUAUUCUAAUGUUAUUGUAGCAGUUUCUCAUUUAAAUACGGAUAAAACUUCAUUUAUUUAAAUUGAAACCUAGCUAGAUCUGUAUACUAAAUUUCGUUAAAAUCGUUGGAGCCGUUUCCGAAUUUCAGAUUAUUUAUAUAUACAAGAAUUGCUCAUUUAAAAAUAUAAGAUACUAUUAAUUUAAUCCAUCAAAUCCAUUUCACUAGUUCGUCUCAUUAAAAUUAUCUACAUCCUGCAUUGUUACGUAAGAAUAUUCCAAAUUUAAUAAACCAUAAAAUUGUUACUUUGAGAUAAUAGGUAUGGCUCUCAAUUAUUAAUAUAUAUGGUUUUAAUCACGGACGAGUAAAAUAAGAAGGACUCCGUGUCACCUUACAUAACAGUGAGCCACCAAAACAAGCCGGUAAACGUGUAAAGCCCCACGCAUACACUUACACUAAUACAAGCCGAUCGGCCGCCAUUAUGUGAUUUGCCAUCGCGUGUGACAGAUCAGUUUGCGUCGCAAUAAAAUAUUUAAAAAAUGCCGUCGUGCGUUAUGAAAAAGUGUAAAAACAAUUCUAUAAAAGUAUGUGUGGAUAUAUGAUUAUUUAAGAGAGAAAAAAUUGUGUAACUGGUGUACCCCGUAACCGCACACACACUAGCAUAAAGGUGCUUCACUUGCUAAUAUCACGGCGCGGAGUCCUUUUUUUACUACUCCGUGGGUUUUAAUAUAACGUAAAUAAUUUGACAAAUUUAUCUUUUUAUACAAGCAUGAUCUCUGCGUUGCUUGAAAAUUCUGUUUAUUGUGGAUUUUCACUCGAAUAUUCGUUGUAACUCUGUUUUAAGUACAGUAUUAAUUAAGGAAAUGAAUUUUAAACUUUGUGUAAAUUAUAAAUAAGCUAUUUUAUUCGAGCUAAGAUUACCAAUCAUUGUAUUCAUAUAAUUAUGCUGAUCUUUGUAGAUGUCUCCUAAGAUACCAUUGUGUGUUGCAAUAAUUCUGUAGCUGACUGUACUUUAAUAUUUCAAUCUUCCGCGCAUAGCGGAAUAGUGUCUAUUUUAGCUAUGUUCAAAAAUGGUCAGAAUUAAGAAUGUAUAAAUGUAAUAUUAAAUCUGAACUAUAACUGGUCGUAGUUCUUGAAAAACGUUCCAAGCCACAAACAAUGCGUUCGGUGAAAGAACAACAGCUUACAUAGUACCUAGACUUGACCGACUCGUUGACUGAGACAAAUUUAAAACAUAAUUUAAAAAAAUACUUUUUAAGACUUGACUGACCACCGAUCAACUUAUUGUGCUUAACUAUUAAUUUUGUAAAAUUAUAAUGUAUAGCUAAGUUUCUAACGAUUGUGAACUAUUUUUUCUUUUAUUAAUUAAACACUGUCGGUGUGGACUUAAUUUAGCAAUUGUACAAACCUCAGUGGUUUUUAUUGCUUUGAAACAGCAAUGUAAAAUUUGUUUUUAUUAAUAAAUAUGAAAAGAAAAAAAAGAUAUCACAUUUUAAGGAAUUCGUUUUUAAAGUUUAAUAAAUAUUAGUGUAUUCCAUACAUGUGGGUUGGGCUACUAAGUCAUUAUGUCAUUUAAAGAGACACAGUAGGGCUGCCAUUUUUUGUCAGUUUGUUAAUAUGAAUCACGUGACCAGUUUUGUGUUCUUAACUCAAUUUUGACAUGAUUGUGGUUUGGAACGUUUCUCUGAAAUAACGUGCGAUUAUAACUAGUAUUCUUCAUGCUUCAUCGUGUGAUGAAAAUACUUUUUGUUGAAAUUUACAAAUUCAUUAGUUAAUAUUUAUUUCGCUACAUUACUAAUAGUUAAUUUUAAUGUGAGUCACAUUAUGUGAAAAUUAUCGUAUUCAAAAAUUUCUAACUUUAGUAUAAGUUUGAGAAUAUAAGAUACAGUUGAAUUAGUGAAUUGUUUGUUUUAUAAAAAAAAAUAUCCAUAAGAAUCCAAUUCUUAGGAUUAAUAGUUAUUGAAAUGAUAAACCAGAUAUGUCUAAGGAGAGGAGAUAAAAAAAUAGUACUAAUGACAAAAAAGUAAAUAUAAAAUAUUUUUGAAAUAAUAAUAUUUAUUUCUUAUACAUUAUUUAAGAUAAAUGUCACUUCUUAAUCAGUAGACCUGUAGCAUUACUUUACAUGUAAAUGAUUAUGAUACUUAAUACACAUACGGUGUUAUUAAUAAACGCAAAGUUAAUCCAAGUUUAAGUUUUUCUGUGUAAUUACAAAAAAGUUUUUUUUUUUAUGGAAUAGGAGGACAAACGAGCGUACGGGUCACCUGUUGUUAAGUGAUCACCGCCGCCCACAAUCUCUUGUAAUACCAGAGGAAUCACAGGAGCGUUGCCGGCCUUUAAGGAAGGUGUACACGCUUUUUUUGAACUCAUAUAGUUAGUAAGUUUAUAUUAAUAUAUAUAUGAGUAAUAUUGUGUUGAACACUUGUUUUAAAAAGUUCUAUUAUAAAUCUGUGUCUUUCUGUUUGUUUCGCGUUAAACAAGAUUUAGACAUUGCUUAUAUUUAAACACGAGUCGAAGCUUGUCUAAGGUGUGUCUAACAGAUUAUAUUCUUUAUUAGAUUAUAUUAUAUAUGAAGAUUUAGAUUAUGUGAUGACAGAUAGAUGACAAAAAUUGCGUUCUGUUCCUUUAACGGACGUUCCCAAUAUUCAGUCUAUCUCUUACUUGAGAUAUAAAUCGUAACUAUCGUUGACUUUUCUGUCCCAAUAAACUUAUCGACCGUAACUCACUUUAUCCGUACACGCUGUCUGUCAAUGAGAUGACGUAUAGCUUAUCAGCGAUUGAAAUUUGUAUGGAAAUUUCAAUUCACGCGUCUCAAUAUAAGGCGAUAAGAAUGACUUAUCAGGUAUAUUGGGACAGCUUCAGAUUAUUGACAGCUAAUUACUGACAGUAGAAGGUAGUAAUUUAUCUCUAUCUGUAGAUAGUAUAUUGGGAACAGCCGUAAUUGUUCCUGUACACUUCAGUUUAUAUUGUGAUUAACUACGUUUUAGUUAAACACAAGCUAACCACUGUUUUCUAAUAGAAAAGAUAAUCUACAUUUAAGACAGUGUUCUAGUUAGCUCACUGUUUAAUAAAACACAUAUCUAAGCCAUGUUUAAGUCAAAUAUUUGUAAUAAUACCGCUUGUCUUAAUCUUAGUUUUGUUACUACAGAAUUACAUGACAGGGGAAGUAAUUUUAACUUGGAGUAACUUUACAAUGCGUUUGUUAAUAAGACAAUUAGAGUUUUCGGCGGAGAAGAAUAUGAAUAUUCCUAUACUUAUGAAGUUAGAUUAUUAAAUAGGCGUUCGUUUCCUAAUUUAUUUAUUUAACUCUUUACACGUAAAAUAUAUGAGUAGUCUUCUCCAAGCUAAUUAUCUAUGCCAGUCAAAUAAAAUACAUAAUAUUAAUAAUAUGAAAUGUAUCUGCUUAAAAUUAAGUCGCUAUUGAUAUGUUUUACUUUAAACAUUAGCCAAUAAGAGAUUUCCAUGUACAUAGUGUAUUUAAUAUUAUGUAAGAUAGUUAUAUUUUACAACUAGUACGCAUGUUAACGAUGUGCGAACUUGUAUGAGAUGUGAUUGACGCCUAUGAACAAUUAAAGAGUAUUUCUUUUGAA